CUCCCUCGAGGCCUCUUCAGGCCACUCACCGGGGCUGCGGCAGCUCAGCCAGGCCUCGCCCUCGUCCUUGCUGCAGAGAGAAGAAGCGGCCGUGAGCGGGGCAGGGACCGGAAUAAGGACAGAGACAAAAAAAAGAACCGUUCCCACCUCAACGCCCGGCUCCAGUCGCUCUGGAUCCGCAGCGUCGCCGCCAUCUUUGCCGCGGUAACUGCAUCCACUUCCGCCUCCUUACUUCCCGUCGACCCCCGCGGAAGCGGAGGAACCCACCAAUCAACGAGAGCCGCCGCGGCCGUGCCACGUCCCGGAAGUGCCGCGCCCAGCUCCCUCCUUAAAGGAGCCGCGCCGCUCUCCAUGGAGAAGGCCGGGCACGCCCGGAGCCGCGCGGCGGCGGAGCAGGGCGAGGCCGAGGAGGGCGAGGAUCCCCUGGAUGCCAGGAUCGCGCGGACCGGCUGCCUGGAGCAGCACCGGCAGCUGCAGGAGUGCAUGGCGGAGCGGCAGGACUGGCGGCAUUGCCAGGAAGAGCUACGAGCCUUCGGCGCCUGCAUGGCCCGGCGGCAGCGCGGGCCCGGCCCGGCCCGGCCAACGGACUGACACCGCCCGGGCAGCCCCACGGCAAAAAGGGAGCUGCGCAUUUCCCCUUUUUGGUUUUAUUUCUAUCUGAUUGCUUGGAAAUCCACGUGGAAUUGCUGGGAAAUUAAAUCUGGAAUUUGUCAUGCCUCGGCUUCCUCUGUGCCAGUGGGAUAACUGCGGGUUGGAAGGGGUGUAGCUGGUUUGGAGGAUAUAGAGUCGAGCUGUGCCAUGGUAGGCUCAGGCUGAACAUUGGGAGGAAUUUCUUCAUGGCAAGGGGUUUUAAACAUUGGAAGGGACUGCUCAGGGAGGUUUGGAAUUCCCAUCCCUGGAGGUGUCCAAGAAUGACUGGACAUGGCACUAAGCACUCUAGGCUGGUGAU